UACAGGUUUGUUUUUAUAAAAUAUUAAAAGUUACCAUUCAUUAUGUCAACUCCUGCCAGACGUAGACUGAUGCGAGACUUUAAAAAAUUACAAGAAGAUCCACCUGCAGGUAUCAGUGGCACACCAACUGAUAACAAUAUUAUGUUGUGGAAAGCUGUGAUAUUUGGACCACAUGAUACUCCAUUUGAAGAUGGCACAUUUAAAUUGACAAUAGAAUUUACUGAAGAAUAUCCUAACAAGCCACCAACAGUUAGAUUUGUUUCAAAAAUGUUUCAUCCAAAUGUCUAUGCAGAUGGAGGUAUUUGUCUUGAUAUAUUACAGAACCGCUGGAGUCCUACUUAUGAUGUUGCUGCUAUUUUGACAUCCAUACAAUCACUUCUUAGUGAUCCGAAUCCUAAUUCACCUGCUAAUUCUAUGGCUGCCCAAUUGUAUAAAGAGAAUCGCAGAGAGUAUGAGAAACGAGUGAAGAUGUGUGUGGAGCAAAGCUUUAUUGAUUAGAGUUAAUUAUUAUUUUUAAUCAUGCUUGAAAGUAAAAAAAAUAGCUGUGUGUGUUACUAGUUCUUUUUAACUUUAUGAUUGAAUUUUUACCAUGAUUAUUACUAUUAUUUCAGUGCAUAGUAAGAACAAUUUAUCAUGAAAUUUGUUUUUUUUAUUCUUAAAUAUA